CUAUAGUACGAGAUACUAUCCCAUCGAUGAACUAUUCGACGCUUCUUCUUCGCGAUGGAUCUAUCAACAAGAUUUGAGGUCAGUGAUGCGUCUUGGGAUCGGUAGAGCACGCGGCGGGCCCUUAUUUACUGUCUUUUUUCUUCUUUCCUCCCAAAUUCAACAACUACGCGUCACUUCAUCCACUCUAUUUCGUUCUACACUACCCUAACUAAAGCACAAAAUGCCCAAAAGAAAAUCCACAGAAACCACCGGCGACAAUGCCGACGCUGCCCAAGAAUCCCCGCAGCCAGAGCAGCAGGACAUCCCCGAAAUCGACAGCGAAAACGAACGCCUCGACUGGAUCGACAACAACUACGACCAGGUCCGUCACAAGAUCGAUGCUUUCAUCAGCAAUGGCGAGAUGAAAAUCGGCUAGUUCCAAGAUGCCAUUAACGUGUCAUCGCGCUCGUACUUGGGCUUUAAGAUGGCUACUGAGGAAGUCAGACAACGGAGUACUCGGACACCACAUAGAAAUCUAGUAAAAUCUGUGUCUUAUUUACCACGUGUAGUUUAGCCACGAAAUAAUAUGACAAUGAAGUCAAAAAAGGAGCAAUCUAUACAAUUGGC